AACAAUAUACACAAGGCAAUUGAACGGUCAUAUUUUCCUUUAAAAUAACUUUCAAAGAUAACAAAACAGUUCGCUUCGGCCCUUGGUGAAUUUCGGCAAGAAUUUGCGGCGAUCGUGAAGCGAAUUCUGACGCAGUUUUAUCCGAAAAACCGUAUCGCAAGAUUGGAGAAAUUUCGAAGACACAUAUAUUCUUUUGUUUAGCAAGUGAUUAAAACUAAUAUUUUAAUAAAGUACUGCCAUACUCGAGUUGGUUUAAAAGUCGUACGACUUCGACAUAGAAAACCAAACGCCGGAAACGAUCAAGGAAUUCGUACCAAUUCUUGACUCGUCAAAAAGGUGGGUAAAAUUUGAAGAUAUACUAACUUUUUAAAGUCGAUAUAUUUGGCAUUAAGGGUUGUUUCAGCUGUGCGAGCGAUAGAUAUACUUGAUAAAUAUCAUAAACAAUAAAGUCGAUAUGGAAAACUAAGAAACAACAAUUAACCACGUUAACAAUUUAUAACGAUAAAACCUAAAUGAACUUUUGAUGUGGAAUGAAGCGCUUCAGUUUCGAAAAACGUUGGCAAACAGAGUUGAAAGCUUUAGAGUUUAGGAAGGAUCUCAUAAGAGCUUUGAAGUGCUGUAUAUCUUGUCAAAACGUAUGCUACGAAAGUUCAAUUUUUCAAACUAUUAUUUAUUUUGGGAUUAGCGUAGGUUUUGAUGCUAUUUCCUGCUUAUAUAACAUCGUAUUGCAAUUGCAUUUUGUGACAUUUUGUAGUUCGUUGGCGAUUCCAUACACAGAGCUGAAAUAUGGAUGGCAGAUUGGCAGUGAAACGGCGUCGCGAGGAUAACCCAGCCCUCACAUACGGCGAUGCGUUUCGUUACAAUAUUUACAGACAAACACACCCGUUUAAUGCAGCCGUUUCGUGUAAGAAAAAUUGCUCAAGUGAUGCGAAUGCUUCCCAAACGCAUUCGGGGAAAACUACCACAUUUACGGGGAGGUAAUUUGAUGGAUUACAUUUAUGCGUUUGUAUGUACUGUGUUAGUUUCAUAGCUUUUACAAUGUUCAUAGUCGGGACGUGUAAUUAUAAAUAAUCUUUCCAGAUUUUCAUUGUAGACUGACAGUAUAUAAUUUGUACAAGGUUUAAAUUUUAGGAUUAUAUGAUUUCGUGAAUAUCAGCAUGACGAGAUCAUCUUCACUUCGGUUGAAUAUUUGCGCUCAUGAACAAUCGCGCUCGGAUCGAAAGCCGCUUUUUUCGAAAUAAUAAACAUCCAGAGUAGCAGAUUAUAUUUAUCAUGCAUGCAAAUCUACAAGAAACUUAUUCUAUAAGUUACAAAACUAUAGUCUUGACUGACUUUAUUUGUCAGUUUUAUUAUAAGGCAAGCAUCUUUGGGCCACAAGAUACGGCCAACCAAUCUUUAAAGCUCAGUUUGAAUUUUAAAACAUUAAUAAUUAAUAAAUCAUUGUUUAUAGUCAGUAUUAGCUAUGUAAUUAAAUAAUAUUUUGACAUUCGAAUGGCUUUUGAAAUCAUAUUACUUUCUAUUUUGAGAACUUAACCAGAAAUUGCUUGACGCGAAUUCGUUGCUAAUUCUUUGCCGAAAUUGAAACGGCGUGUCCACGGCAGAUGUUUUUCGGGUUUCGGGCAAAGCAAUCCGUUAAAAUACUCUUAUACUUCGGCCAUUAAAAAUUUAUCAAACGAAGCACAUUUAUUUAAAUAAGUUGACUUGUUGGCUAUAAGCCCGAUUUAUUGAUUAUGCGCCCUUUUAUGGCGAAAACUCCGAAGAUUAACUGCUGAUAUAUAGUUGCGCACAUAACUGAUUAAUAUAUAUAUAUAUAUAUAUAUAUAUAUAUAUAUAUAUAUAUAUAUAUAUAUAUAUAUAUAUAUAUAUAUAUAUAUAUAUAUAUAUAUUUGAUUGUCAUGCCUGGAUUAUUUCUGUCGGUUGGUUUAUUUUAAACCAAAAAAGGGACUUCUUCAGGCAAAUUGUGAGAUUAUUUAUUAAAUUCCUCAGACGUUUCGCCAGUUAAGGCUUCAUCAGUGAGUACAAUAAUCUGAAUAAUAAAUAAUUUUAUUAUUAUAAAUAAUAAUUAUAUUUGUUUCGUAUGGCAAACUAUAAGCUUGCCACACUCAUCAGGUGAAUCACCUGAUGAGUGUGGCAAGCUUAUAGUUUGUCAUACGAAACAAAUUUGUCGUGAAUAAAUGUUUUAAACGAAGUAACUCAAGUUUGUCUUUUAUCUGCUCUACUUUCGUAUCGAGCACUCUAUUCGUAUGAUUCGACACUCAAUAUAUAUACUUGACAUUCGCCUAUAUAUAUAUAUAUAUAUAUAUAUAUAUAUAUAUAUAUAUAUAUAUAUAUAUAUAUAUAUAUAUAUAUAUAUAUAUAUAUAUAUAUAUAUAUAUAUAUAUAUAUAUAUAUAUACAAUAAUUACAUAGUAAUUAAUCUCAGUCUAUUAUUGACUAUUAUUUAGUCUUGCCGAGGUUUACGGAAAAGCGCUGAACAACGUUCUCAAUAUUCAACCGAAAUAUUCAACCGUAUGAUUCGACACUCAAUAUAUAUACUUGACAUUCGCCUAUAUAUAUAUAUAUAUAUAUAUAUAUAUAUAUAUAUAUAUAUAUAUAUAUAUAUAUAUAUAUAUAUAUAUAUAUAUAUAUAUAUAUACAAUAAUAUACAAUAAUCAAUAAUUACAUAGUAAUUAAUCUCAGUCUAUUAUUGACUAUUAUUUAGUCUUGCCGAGGUUUACGAAAAAGCGCUGAACAACGUUCUCAAUAUUCAACCGAAUUUCAAGAUGGACGAGAACCACAACAAGAACACAAUCGCGGAGAAAAAGCCCCUAGCGGCUUUAGAUACCCCGCACUUUCAGCCCCCCGGGGGAUGCAAACAGCUCCACGUUUCACGCAAAGAAUCACAUCUAUCACAGCACCCGAUUAACGACGACAAGAAACUUAAUUCGACAAAUAAAUCUGCAUUUCAUGUCCCAGAGAAAAGACGCCUUUCAAAUUCCGGCCAAUCACGGUACGGAAACUGGUCACAUGAUCACCCGUAUCCCUAUACGGUAAACUAUCCCGGCGAUUAUUACCACCCCAUUCACCCACCGGCAUUUUAUCCCCGAUACGACAACUUGUACCUGGAAAGCUGCAAUUAUUACCCGGCACCUCGAAGGCGGGAAUUUCCCGUGUUUACACACGUGUUGCCAUGGUUACAAUUCGAGAGGGACUAUAAGCCAAUGACGUCAUCACCAAAUAAACCAAUGACGUCACCAAGGUUCACAGAACUGUGCCCGAAAGGCAGUCUAGGAUACGACACGAGAAAGGACAUAAAAACUGAUAGUGCGCAAAAUCAAAUUCGACCCACGCCCUUGAGAAGUGAGGACAAGUCCGCUGACCAUAAGAAGGGUGGGAACGCAGGCUCGGAAAAUUUCGAAGAUUCGCGCAUGCGCAAUGGUGAAAAAUGCAACAAAAGCCCAGACUUACCUAACGUUAAGACAAGACGUAUGCGAGCGGUCGAGAAAAGGCAUGACUUGAGCACUACAAGCAAAAAGGAUAGUUUUGGAAGCCCAAAAGAAGAGUUCCUAUUUAGUCUGGGAUUGACGAGGAAAGACCAUGAGGGAUAAUGGUAGUCAUUGAAGGUACAUUGUAGGAUAGACCGGUGUUUUGUAGAAACGUAAUAUUACAAAAGUUGAAAUAAAAUUUGUAUAAAUUGUGA